AUGCGUGCUCUGUACUCCUCCAGGUUCUCACCGGAUUUGUCUCCUUUUGCAGUCCAAUCAAACUCAACUACAACAAGUACCUCCUUCUCUAGACCUCAUUGCAAUUACGAUGUUUUUUUGAGUUUUAGAGGUGAAGACACCCGCAAGAACUUUACUGAUCACCUCUACUCUGCUUUGGUGCAACUCGGAAUUCGCACCUUUCGGGAUAACGAAGAGCUUCCAAGAGGAAAGACUAUCUCUACCGAACUACUCAAUGUGAUUCGUGUAUCAAAAAUUUCCAUGGUGAUUUUCUCCAAAGGCUAUGCUUCUUCUAGGUGGUGCCUCGAUGAGCUUGUGGAGAUUGUGCACUGUAAGAAUACCAAAGGCCACACUCUUUUUCCCAUAUUUUAUCACGUGGACCCCUCAGAUGUUCGAAAUCAGACCGGAACUUUUGCGAAAGCUUUUGCUAGGCAUGAAGAGCUGUCUCAAACUGAUAUGGAGAGGGUGCAGAGGUGGAGGGAAGCUCUUACUGAUGCUGCGAAUUGUUCCGGCUGGGAUCUCAAAUGCAUUGCAAAUGGGUAUGAAUCCAGAUUCAUCAGAGAGUAUAUUAUUGAAGAAAUUUUGUGUAAAGUGAACCCUAAUCGCUUGAAUGUUGCCAAAUACCCAAUAGGAAUGAAGUCUCGUGUUCAGGAUAUAAAAGAUUUAUUAAAUCUUGGGACAAGUGAUGUUCGCAUUGUGGGCAUUUACGGAAUGGGUGGUAUAGGUAAAACAACCCUAGCAAAAGCUGUCUAUAAUGAAAUAUGUGUUGUAUUUGAAGGAAGUAGUUUUCUUUCAAACUUUAAAGAAAGCACAGAAAAGCCUGAUGGCUUACUUCAUUUACAAGAGCAACUUCUUAAUGAUAUCUUGAGAAGGAAUUUGAAGAUUGAUAAUGUUGAUAGAGGAAUUACUAUAAUUGAGGAAAGAAUUCGUGGAAAAAAAAUUCUUGUCAUUGUUGAUGAUGUGGAUGACUUUGAAAAACUACAUUGGUUAGUUGAAAAGGAAUGGCUUGGUCCGGGAAGUAGAAUCAUUGUAACAAGUAGAGAUGAACAUGUGUUAAGUCCAUUGAGAGUAGAUGAAAAAUAUAAGGUCAAAAAAUUGAAUCAAAUGGAGGCUCUUCGGCUAUUCAGUUGGCAUGCCUUCAAGAUGGCUGAUCCAAAGCAAGAUUACUCAGAGCUUUCAAUUCAAGCAUUGGGUUAUGCUGGAGGAAUUCCAUUAGCUCUUGUGGUUUUGGGUUCUUUUCUUAAAGAUAGAAGCGUUGCCGAAUGGAAAAGUGAAAUGGAAAGAUUACGAAGUACUCCUAAUGACAAUAUUCAAAAAAUACUUAGAAUAAGUUUUGAUUCACUCAAGAGUCCUAUAAAUGACAUAUUCCUUGAUAUUGCAUGUUUCUUUGUCGGUAUGGACAAAGAAUAUGCUAUCAAAAUACUUGAUGGUUGUAAUUUCUCUCCAGGGAUUGGUAUCCCUAUUCUCAUUCAAAGGUCACUUGUGACAGUUGAUUUCCAAAAUAAGUUGAUGAUGCAUAGUCUAAUUCGAGAUAUGGGAAUGGAAAUUGUUCGUCAAGAAUCCCCCAAAUAUCCAGAAGAACGCAGCAGGUUGUGGUUACACAAGGAUGUCUUAAAUGUAUUGCACAACCAUACGGGAUCGAAAAGAGUCGAAGGUCUCAUUUUCAAUCUCCUUGUACUUGAUGAUGAACAUUUGAAAACUGAAGCAUUUACAAAUAUGAAGAAUUUGAGAUUGCUCCAAAUCAACUCAGUAUAUCUAAAAGGAUCUUAUGAGCAUCUCUCUAAAGAGCUAAAAUGGCUUUGUUGGCAUAACUGCCCUUUGGAAUUUCUACCACAGAACUUUCAUCUAGAGAAUCUGAUUAUUCUUGACAUGCAACAUAGUAAUGUCAAACAAGUUUGGAAGAAGAAGAAAAUAUUCAACGAGUUGAAGGUCCUUAAUCUCAGCAAUUCCAAAUAUCUCACCAAAUCACCAGACUUCUCAGAAGUCCCUAAACUAGAGAUCCUACUACUUGAAGGUUGCACAAGCUUGGUUCAGGUUCAUGAGUCUAUUGGAUAUCUCAAAAGACUUGUUUUGUUGAAUUUACAAAAAUGCAAGAAGCUUAGGAAUCUUCCAAGCAGCAUUUACAAGUUAGAAUCUCUUGAAACUCUUGUCUUGUCUGAGUGCUUUAAUCUUAAAAAGUUCCCGGAGAACUUGGGGUAUAUGAUGGCUUUAACGGUGUUGCAUGUGGAAAACACUGCUAUUAAGCAACUACCAUCCUCCUUUAGCAAUUUGACGAAUCUCGAAACAUUAUCAUUACGUGGAAGUGAAUGUCUCAUCGAAUCACCGGAGUUUGUACAAACCUCUCGCCUAAAGGAACUGAUACUUGAAGGUUGUACAAGCUUGGUUGAGGUUCAUAAGUCUAUUGGACUUCUAAAAAUACUAAAGGAACUAAAUUUACGGGGAUGCAAGAAGCUUAGAAAUCUUCCAAGUAGCAUUUCUAAUUUAGAGCUUCUUGAAACUCUUGUGUUGUCUGACUGCUUAGAACUUGACAAGUUACCAGAAAAAUUGGGGAAUAUGAAGGCUUUAAAAAUUUUGCUGGCAGGCAAAACUACUAUAGAGCAACGACCAUCAUCAUCAUUGGGUCUUAUGAGAAAUCCCGCAAUUAUGUCCUCAUCAUGGAUAUCACCCAAAAACUCCAACCACAUAAGUUUGUUACCUUCCAUUUUUGAAUUAAGUUCGUUGACAAACCUGAGAGAACUAGAUCUCAGUGGGCGUAAUUUGUCUGAAGAUGAGUUUCCCAUUGAAUUUGGAUAUUAUGGGAAUUGA